AUGGCGUCUAACAAAUUAGAAGGGCACAAAAGCGAGCAAGACGACAACGGAGUUGCAGAUGAUGACACUGGCAGUGAGCAAGACUACGAUAGAAACGAAGAGGAUGACAGUGGCCACGAUUCUAGUGAUGUCAACAGUAGCGAGAGCUCCGAGUCUCAAGAAAUUGCCCUGUUGACGCUUCAAGCGAAGUUGGAGAAGGUGGAUGCUACUCUUCUGGAUAUAAAUCAAUUGCGAGAGAGAGCAUUGUCUGAAAAUUGGGCAAACGAUGUAGAAGAGGCGUACAUCAGACGCCUAAAUGAAUCAGAAAUGUUGGCCAAGCGGCUAAUCACGAAGUUAAAGUCCAAAUUUUACAUAAUUCGCGGCCUCGGAAAACCUCCAAAUGUCGACGAUCAACUUGAAAAACUUCGUGAAGAAGUCAAAGAUCUACAACAUGAUUAUACUUUGGCAUCUGAGCUUCAGAAGCGAGUGGAUGCUCAGAGACAGUUGCUUAGCUCACAACCAAGGAAGAAAUUUCAACCAAAGCACAAGAGAAAGUUAUCAGAUCUCACGUUCGCUCGCAGUGUCUCUCCGUCUCCGAGUCAAAGUGAUACUUCCUCCCUCCAUCGCACUAUCAGGCCGCCUCUACAAACCGAGCGUUAUUUCAGCCGUGCUCUUCGGUCGAACCCAGACCCGCUGAACUCUCAACUCAAUUCUUCGCAAAAUGACAUUGGACCUUCUCAGACGACGCAGAAUCCAAGCCAUUAUAGACAACCUCCACAAAGGCGUGGCGAUGUACCCGAUGCAGCAAAUGCGGGUUCUGGUCUGCCCAAAAAGCGAUCGCUUUCUAGAUUGGUACAAGAUAAAUUCUCCAAUUUAACGAAAUCGAAAGAAGACAAGGCCGGUACAGGUUAUGUCCCAUCGCAGGAUACUAUCCAGAAUUCUUCGUCCCCAACUAACGAUGCCUCCGGAGAUCCUGCGCAAACGAGUCAACCUUUCAUUGAAAGGCACAUCUUGGAUCCUCGAGAACUCAAUCUGCUGCUAUCUGGAGGGGAAAAUUUAGUUCAACAAACGAACAGAGAGAUAUUGGAAAACUCUCAGGAUCGCCGUCAAGGGUUGUCGCCUCCACCUCGCCACACAUCUCUUCCACGUCGUGGCAUUCCAUCACCGCAGCGCCGAUCGGGAGGUAGGACUCUGAAUAUCCCAGUUGGUUCUCGCAAUGAUGAUGUUGGUGUCCAUGGCACCGAGAGCUCUCGACGCGUUGCUGACAGCGGAAGGGAGCAACCUUCUGUGUCAGCACAAAACGCCCACAGACUUCAACCACCCCCUGCACUUCGCUACACUUCAACGAAUAACUCUGCGAGAAGUGUGAAUUAUCGUCAACAAAUACCCCAGCAAGCUGAUUACGCUUCAGCAAUGGCUUCACUUCAGCUGUCCAGCGGAUUGCCUAACCCCUCGUCUCCCGCGGCUGCUGAUGAGCAAGAACCUCGGGAAUACAUCUCUCAUGACGAUAUAUACGACGAUUGA